CGCGUAUGAAAACCAAGUGAGUUAGCCUUUAACAUAUUUGUAUGCAUACAUAGUAGAACCAUCGAUGAUUCAGAGAAGCAACAUACAGGGCCGCUUUUCUGAUUAUUUAUUUUAAGGCGCAUUCGCGGAAAGAAAAAAUCUCUUGCAUGAGUGUUGUUCAACAGGAUACAGAUCGUUUUACUGUGAUCGAUUGUGAGAAUGCCUUCUCUCAAGGAUUAACAACUGAAUCCACUCAGUAUCAUUUACGAGACGGCGAAUUCGACGUGCAGCAACCUUACUAUACCACCUCCUCGAUCGCUGGUCAGAAACGAAAACGCGGGCAUGACAGCGAAACACUGACAGCUGAUUGGCACGAAACCAACGCGCGACCAUUCCUCUCACCCAUCUUGCCAAUCGUUAAAGAAGCAGCUUUUGGAGAUCGCAAUUACACUAAAGUAUCAUCACCAUCAUCAGAAACUAAUGACGACAGUGAUCCAGGAGAUCCGAUCAAUUUUGCCAGCCUGACUGAACUAGCACAAGCUUCGCAACGGUUUUUUCAGCAAGAAGAGCACGAUCAAGUUGAUUUGGCAGACACAGAGACGACAACGAUGGAAAUAUUGGAUGUGUUUCAUCGAAUCGUGCAUAACCCUGCUGAUACAUGCUGCAGGGUCCUUACGCUGGAUAACAACAGCUAUUUGGUGCCGCCUCAAUCCGCAUUUCUCAUGAGCGACCUGACAACGGGCAUGGAAGAUCUUGUAUCCUAUGUGCAGCAGGCUGGAAAACGUGAUUUAAUUGUUAUGGAUCCACCAUGGCCAAACAAAAGUGUGCGACGAUCGUCCAAAUACGAAACGCAAGACAUCUAUGACCUGUUCCAAAUACCUGUUCCUGAACUGCUCGCCCCUCACGGCAUGGUUGCCGUUUGGGUAACCAACAAGCCCAAGUUUCGGCGCUUUGUUAUCGAAAAGCUGUUUAAAUCCUGGGGAUUGCAAGAAGUUGGGAUUUGGUAUUGGCUCAAAGUGACCGUACAAGGAGAACCAGUCAUUCCGCUUGACUCGCCGCAUAGGAAACCCUACGAACAAUUGAUCUUGGGUAUUCGGCAAACCGACUCUACGACUAGCACCACUGCUCCCGCUCAACCAUCGAUACCAUUGCCUCCUCGCCAGCAUGCCAUUGUCAGCGUUCCGUGUCGCCGGCACUCGAGGAAACCACCACUCGAUACAGUAUUGAAAGCCUACUUGCCCGACAAUCCGAAAAGUUUGGAGCUGUUUGCCCGGUGUUUGACACCAGGUUGGACAAGCUGGGGCAACGAGUGCCUGAAAUUUCAACAUAUGCGCUUUUUCCGCUCCACCACCUCAACCAGCUGCUUGCUAAAAGAGACGGAAAAUAACAGUAAAAACGACGUCGACGGAAACAAUAACGACGACAUCGCCGAUGCCGGACAGUAAGAGUUGCAAUAAACUGUCAAGACGUGCACUUGCAAUCACUGCAGUGCUUACGCUGGCCGUUUUGGGGUCCAUGGUCGAUUCCUUUCUUCAUCACCAACGCGAUGUCCAAUCUUGUACAAUGUCGUAUUCGCGUCCAUCCUAUGUACCUGUCAAUCCCGGACCGGAAUCGCGUCUUGCUCACAAAUACGCACUUUAUCUAUUUCGCGAGACCGCGAUGGAUAAACCAAAC